GCCGGAGCGAUGCCUGCGCGCAGCCGCCACCGCCCCCGCCUCCACUCCGGCUCCCCGCCCCGGGUUCCGCCCCCGCCGCUCGAAGUGCUCCACUCCGGCGAGGCGCGAAGGGCCCGGGACUCCGACGGCGCCUCGGACGCCGACUCGGAGGUGGGUCCGGGAAGCCCGACUCCCGUCGCGGAGGUGAGCGGGCGCUGAGGCUGAGGAGAGGGGAGACUGGGGGGCGCCUGCAGCCAAGGACAGUGGAGGAAGAAAUGGCAGGUCCUAAUCAACUCUGUAUUCGCCGUUGGACUACCAAGCAUGUAGCUGUGUGGCUGAAGGAUGAAGGCUUUUUUGAAUAUGUGGACAUUUUAUGCAAUAAGCACCGACUUGAUGGAAUCACAUUGUUGACAUUGACCGAAUAUGAUCUCCGGUCUCCUCCUCUGGAAAUCAAAGUCCUAGGGGACAUUAAAAGGUUAAUGCUCUCUGUCCGAAAAUUGCAGAAAAUACAUAUUGAUGUUUUAGAAGAAAUGGGCUACAACAGUGACAGUCCCAUGGGUUCCAUGACCCCAUUCAUCAGUGCUCUUCAAAGUGCAGACUGGCUCUGUAAUGGAGAACUUUCACAUGACUGUGAUGGACCCAUCACUGACUUGAAUUCUGAUGAGUACCAGUACAUGAAUGGCAAAAACAAACAUUCUGUUCGAAGAUUGGACCCAGAGUACUGGAAGACCAUACUGAGUUGUAUAUAUGUUUUUAUAGUAUUCGGGUUUACAUCUUUCAUCAUGGUUAUAGUCCAUGAACGAGUGCCUGACAUGCAGACUUAUCCACCACUCCCAGAUAUAUUCUUAGACAGUGUUCCUAGAAUCCCAUGGGCCUUUGCCAUGACAGAAGUAUGUGGCAUGAUUCUGUGCUAUAUUUGGCUCCUGGUUCUUCUUCUUCACAAGCACAGGUCAAUCCUUCUGCGAAGGCUCUGUAGUCUGAUGGGCACUGUAUUCUUGCUUCGCUGCUUUACCAUGUUUGUGACCUCCCUCUCCGUGCCAGGACAGCACCUGCAGUGUACUGGAAAGAUAUAUGGCAGUGUAUGGGAAAAAUUACACCGUGCUUUUGCAAUUUGGAGUGGAUUUGGUAUGACCCUGACUGGCGUUCACACUUGUGGAGAUUACAUGUUCAGUGGCCACACAGUCGUCCUAACCAUGCUGAAUUUCUUUGUCACUGAAUAUACACCAAGAAGCUGGAAUUUCUUGCACACUUUAUCCUGGGUUCUCAACCUCUUUGGAAUCUUCUUCAUCUUGGCUGCCCAUGAACAUUAUUCCAUUGAUGUGUUUAUUGCAUUUUAUAUCACAACAAGACUCUUUUUGUACUAUCAUACUCUGGCCAAUACCAGAGCAUAUCAGCAGAGUAGGAGAGCAAGAAUUUGGUUUCCCAUGUUUUCUUUUUUUGAAUGCAAUGUUAAUGGCACAGUACCUAAUGAAUAUUGUUGGCCAUUUUCAAAACCAGCAAUAAUGAAAAGACUAAUUGGAUGAAGACUGUAUCUUUGUAAUGAGUUUGUGAUUAAAUUUACAGUAGUUGUUGAAAAUGAAUAACUUUGCUUUCUUCUUCUAGGUUGUUCCUGGAUGUGUUACAUUUUGGCUUAUACGUUGAUAGGGUUUCCUGCUCUAAGCAAGACUGUGAUUAUAAAUAACAAGAAAAAAACAGGAGUUCUUACCUACCUGUUUGAACAGAAAGAUUAAAUAGAGUUUUCUGCCCCUUUACUUUAGAGAGACUCAGUGUUUGAUUGGAGUCAGUCUGUUACGCUUACCUGUUGAGUAUUUGCUUAUUGAACAGAAGCAAAUCAACUUAGGUAGUUAACUAGUUGAAGGAUUUUUAUUGAUUUCCGGUAGGACUCUAGUCAAGAAAUAAUAUUUUGCUGGGGAGAUAGCUCAGUUGGUAGAGUGCUUGCCUUAUAAGCACAAGGCCCUGGGUUCGAUCCCCAGCACCACAAAAAAA